AAAAGACAAACAUAACUCGUCACAAAAGGCUCAAUUUCUCUUUAAAAGUGUUGUUAAAUGUUGGAUAUAUUUUCAUUGACAACAUUGACAAGUUUAUUGUAGUUGCCACUGUCCGCGAAUCAAACUGAUAACAGUUUCAAUUGCUCUUAUCACAGGUCUCUCCUUUCAAUUGCUGUUUAGGCGGAUGUUCAACUAGAAUUUUGACUGCGUGGCUAAAAAUCAACCAGAGGCAAUAUGCGUAAUUGUUGGUGUUUAGUUGUUCUACUGCUGGCUGUAGCAGCUGUUGCAAGUGCUGAUGAUAACGAUUCCUGCUACUCCUUUGCGGGUGGCUCUGUUUAUCCAGCUGGCGAGCCCAAGGGCGACCAUCAAUUGCAGUACACAAAGGCAGUCAUUUCAAAGCCGGCCCCACAAUUUGAGGGCACCGCUGUGGUCAACAAAGAGAUUGUGCAGCUGUCGCUCUCGCAAUAUCUGGGCAAAUACGUGGUGCUCCUCUUCUAUCCACUCGACUUCACAUUUGUUUGUCCCACGGAGAUCAUUGCGUUCUCGGAUCGCAUUGCUGAAUUCAAGAAGAUCAAAACUGAGGUUAUUGCUGCCAGCGUUGACUCUCACUUCACACACUUGGCUUGGAUCAACACGCCGCGCAAGGAGGGCGGACUGGGCAACGUUAAGAUACCUCUGCUCUCCGACUUGACGCACAAGAUCAGCAAGGACUACGGUGUAUAUCUGGAGGCAAGUGGUCACGCCCUGCGCGGUCUCUUCAUCAUCGAUCAGCGCGGCGUGCUGCGCCAGAUAACGAUGAAUGAUCUGCCCGUGGGCCGCUCUGUGGAUGAGACAAUACGCCUGGUGCAGGCUUUCCAGUACACCGAUACCCAUGGCGAAGUGUGUCCAGCUGGCUGGAAACCUGGCGCCGAUACGAUUGUGCCCAAUCCGAAUGACAAAACAAAAUACUUUGCCAAGAACAACUGAAUUGCUUUAAACAUUUCAUACAGUUUGUGAAGACGACUUACACUAGAUAGCAUUUCCAUUUCCAAUGUUCACAACUGUCAUCUAAAAAUGAUGUAGUAAACAAUUCCACUUAUCGCUUGUAAAUAUACUAUAAAGUAACAAUUUGUUUUAUAUAGAA